CCGAGUCUGGGCAGAAGGGUGCCCCGCCCUUGGCCCUUGGUAAGGGUGAUAAAAGUAAACAAAAGUAUUUGAAUGAAUACUUCCAAAAUAUGGUUGAUAAUAAUACGCCCAAUUUUGGGUUUUGUGAUCAAGUAGGAAAUAACCUUUCGGAAUUGGGAAAAUGGAAAGUGUGGCAAAACAUCAUUCUAGGCCAAUUCCUAUCGAUAAUACUUUGCGCAAUAAACACAUUAGCUCAUUAUUUGAAUUCGGGAUCAAGCGAUGUGCUACCUACGGGACAGUCGUUCCCACAUUACAUGUUUUUAUGUGCAAUAUACACUAGUUGGUUAGCUUUUAGACGAGGCGACAAAGGCCUUAUUUCUAUUAUUAGAGCCAGAGGAUGGCGAUACCUGCUAUUAUGCAUUAUAGAUGUAGAAGCGAAUACUUUGAUGAGCACUGCACAUCAAUUUACUACUCUUACAAGUAUACAGCUAUUGGGAUGUGUAGCGAUUCCUGUAGCAUUAGCUCUAAGUUGUCUCGUAUUGGGUGUGAGAUAUCGGAUGGUUCAUAUUUUAGCAGUUUCUGUAUGUCUUAUUGGGGUCGGAUGUUUAGUUUGGGCAAAUAUUGAAGAUACCAAAAUUGAUGGUAAAAACCAGCUUGUUGGGGACAUGUUGUGUCUUGGAGGAGCUGUUCUUUUCGCUAUAGUGACCGUUCUACAAGAAUUGUCGAUAAAAAACACUGAUAUUGUUGAAUAUUUGGGAUUAUUGGGAUUAUUUGGCAGCAUAGUUAGUGGAUUGCAAAUGCUCCUAUUAGAAAAACAAACUCUAGUUUCUUCCACUUGGAAAAACUCCAGCGCGUUAUUAUCAUCAUUCUCGGCAUGCCAAUUUAUGUUUUGCACAUUCUCCAGUGUCUUCUUAUUGAAUAUGGGCACAACCGCUUUACAUUUGUCAUUAUUGUCUGGCAAUUUUUAUACGCUCAUUGUCGGAAUCCUGUUAUUUAAUUAUAAGUUUCAUGCCUUAUACUUUUUGUCCUACACUUUAUCUAUGACUGGAGUAUAUAUUUAUUCGAUUAAACGUACGUCAACAAGGCCAAUGGGAAAUAUUUUGAAUUUGAAUCCUGAUAGGAAUCAUCAUCAUGUGUUUCAAAAUGAACUAAAUAAUAGGCAUCCUCAUCCUGAAAGUCAAUUACACGAACACAUAAUAGUGGACAGUCCAGAGCGAAUGAACGAAAUUUUGUCUGCUUUUGGAACAAUUAAUAGCAACGAUACGUUUCCACUGAGUCACAGCACCAAUACUACUUUUACAUCGUUUUAUGGUAGUCACGAUAUACUCAGUCAUCAAACUACUAGCGCAUAAAACUAGACAGUAUUAUUAUGACUGCCCAUUUAAAUAUUUAGAGUAAUUUUUCUUUUAUACUGGGCUGGGUUAUAAUUUUUAACUACAUCAAGGCAACUCGAGAGUGGAUUUCUGAGGUAAUUUUCACAUAAAAAGUGUUUUGACGAAACAAGGUAUAAUAGGGUUCGAAGAAGAAAAUGCAGAAUGUUGAAAUUAUCCUCGAAAUUAUCUAAAAAAAAAAUGUAUUAUUUUUUCAACAACCGUUAUAAGAUAAUAAGAGAGAGCAUAAAAGAUUAAUGUAGGUGGUAUACAUAUUUUAAUUGGCAUACAACACACCCCUUUAAAGAACAUACUUAAAGGCCAUACUCAGUGAUGUGGAAGAACGAAAGCAAAAGGGGGAAAUGAAUAUAAGAGUCAGAUAUAUUAACAAUGUUCCAAAAAUAGUUUUCUUUCAAAAUGAGGAAAGAGAAAAUUCAAAAAACUAAACGUGUCCCUUGUUGAAGUCUCCUUUUGGUAUAGCAAUUUGUGUUUCAUGGUAAGCUAGCAUCCAAAACACCAAUGCCCAUGUAAUAUUGAUUACAGAAACAUAGCUAACCAAUCAAAUACCAGAUAGCCUUAUAGGUAUACCAGAUUACUACUUGUUCCGUAAAGAUCGAGGAACCGACGGAGGCGGUGUUUGUGUAUUUAUCAAACGUGAUAUAGGUGGCCAGAAUGUACAUGCAGUCAUAAGUCAGCGAUUCGAAACAGCAGGUUCAGUUGAAUCGUUAUGGCUUGAAGUUAAAAUUAGCAAUUUUAGGUUUCUAGUGGCUUGUGUAUACAGAGUGAUUCAAAAGUAAGCGGCAUCCUUUCGGGGGCGUAUUCCUUGCAUAAAAAUAAGACAAAAAGUUCCUAUUAACAUGGGUCCGGAAAUGCUUCCUAAGGGAGCUACGCCCCUUCGAUUAGGACACCUGAAAGACGUGUUUUUCUGUAUAACUUUGAAAACCUUCACAAAUGGAUUUUGAAAAUUCACAAAUCUUAAUCAGUGUCACAUACUGGAGAGGGUGAAAACAUCCCUAUUUUUUUUUACUCGUCAGGUUUUUGCGAAACAUACGCAAAUCAGAAAAUUUUCAAAGUCAAUUUUCUCGUAAACGGUACGCUGUAUCAAAUUGAACCAAGAGUACCUUUUCUGUGUAAAAAGCUGUAAACUUUCUGAAUUUUUGAUCAGAAUCGCAAAAACCUGACGAGUAAAAAAAUAGGGAUGUUUUAACCCUCACCCUCCCCAGUAUGUGACGCCACUGAUUAAAAUUUUUGAAUUUUCAAUUUAGUAUCUUAAUUGCCAUCAAAUGUUUAUAAAAUACACCAAUUUUCAAAAUCCAAUUGUAAAGGGUUUCAAAGUUAUAGAGAAAAAUACGUCUUUCAGAUGUUAUUCGAAGGGGCGUAGCUCCCUUAGGAAGCAUUUCCGGACCUAUGUUAAUAGGAACUUUUUGUCUUAUUUUUAUGCAAGGAAUACGCCCCCGAAAGGAUGCCGCUUACUUUUGAAUCACCCUGUAUAGACA